GCCCUUUUUCUCACUGUUUCCUGCAAUAAGAAGAGACAGGGAGACUAGCUGCUACCCUUCACACCUGACUGUCCCACUGGGCAGUGAGCCAGCCAACCACCUGUCCAGUGGAGGCAGCCUCCCUCAAUGCCUGUAAGCCCCAAAGAAGGGGGAGGGCUUUUCAGUGGCUGCUGUGACUUCUGACAGAACCUUCAAAGGGAGGACACUACUACCCACAGCCUCUAAGAGCUCACUGUAGCCCAGACUGUACCCUCCCUAGAGAUCAGCAACACCAAGGUGCCUGCCCCAGCAGCUUCUGGGGCUGCUGUUGGCAGGAGUGGAAACCAUGUCUCCAGGCCACCCAAGCCUCUGGGUCCUUGUGGUCCUGGGUAUCGGGUGGCUGGGCUUGCGGCAGCAAGUAGCUGAAGCAGCUGUCCGACAUCGCCAUAUAGCUGCUCAGAUCAUCAACUGGACCUACCGCCCUAAGACCAACAACCCAAGUUUAAAGCCCUCAGAGCCUACCUUUAAGAAAAUGGUCUACAGAGAGUAUGAAGCAGGUUUCACACAAGAAAAACCAAGAUUGAACAUUUCAGGACUUCUUGGACCUACUCUUUUUGCUGAAGUUGGAGACACUUUGAAGGUUCACUUUAAGAACAUGGCUAAGAAGCCCUUAACCAUCCAUCCCCAAGGAAUUGAAUACAAUAAACUGUCUGAAGGUGCCUCUUAUGCAGACCAAACGUCCCCUCUGGAGAAGAUGGAUGAUGCUGUGCUUCCAGGUCAGGAAUAUACCUAUACAUGGCUGAUCACUGAAGACAAUGGGCCCACAGAUGAUGACCCUCCUUGCCUCACACACAUCUAUUACUCCUAUGAUGACUUAGUACUGGAUUUCAACUCUGGCCUUAUUGGACCUUUGCUCAUCUGUAAGAAAGGCAGCCUGACUGAGGAUGGGACUCAAAAGAUGUUUGACCGGCAACAUGUGCUGAUGUUUGCAGUGUUUGAUGAAAGCAAAAGCUGGCAGCGGUCACCUUCUCUGAUGUAUACUGUCAACGGCUAUGUAAAUGGAACACUGCCAGAUGUAACAGUCUGUGCCUACGACCAGAUUAGUUGGCACCUAAUUGCAAUGAGUUCUGGCCCCGAGCUAUUCUCUAUUCAUUACAACGGGCAGGUCCUGGAACAUAACUCUCAUAAAGUCUCAGCCAUCCCCCUAGUUGGAGCAGCGUCAACCACUGCAAAUAUGACUGUGAGCCAUGAGGGAAGGUGGAAGAUAACCUCUCUCAUCCCAAAGCAUUUUCAAGCUGGGAUGAAGGCAUACCUCAAAAUUGAAAAAUGCCCAAAAGAGACCAGAACGAUAAAGAAAUUAACCCGAAAUCAGAGGCGUUAUAUUAAGAAGUGGGAGUAUUUCAUUGCUGCAGAGGAAGUCAUUUGGGACUAUGCCCCAGUAAACAAGGAGAAUAUGGACAAGAAAUAUAAAUUUUGGUAUAAUAAUUUGGCAAACCAAAUUGGGACAUGUUAUAAGAAGGUGGUCUACAAACAAUACCAGGAUGUAUCUUUCACCAAACGCAUGGAAAGUACCGAUCCCCAAGAAACUGGCAUCUUGGGGCCUAUCAUUAGAGCCCAAGUCAGAGAUACCCUCAAAAUUGUAUUCAAAAAUAUGGCCAGCCGUCCCUACAGCAUUUAUCCUCAUGGAAUAACACUUUCUACAGAUGAAGAAACAGCUAAGAAUUUUUCAACUUCAGGCAACAGCACCCUAGUCAAAGCUGUCCAACCAGGAGAAACUUACACUUAUAAGUGGAACAUCCUGGAGUCUGAUGAACCCGCAGGAAAUGAUGCCCAAUGCUUAACAAGACCAUAUUAUAGUAUUGUGGACAUCCCAAGGGACAUUGCCUCAGGCCUGAUUGGGCUACUCUUGAUUUGUAAGAGCAGAACCUUGGACAACCGAGGUGUACAGAGGACAGCAGAUUCUGAGCAACAGGCCGUGUUUGCUGUAUUUGAUGAGAACAAAAGCUGGUACUUUGAAGACAACAUUAAAAGAUUUUAUGAAAACCCCUCUUCUGUGAAACGAGAUGAUCCAAAGUUCUAUGCGUCCAACAUCAAGAGCACAAUAAACGGCUUUUUGCCUGAGAGUCUACCGACCCUGGGAUUUUGUUACGAGGACACUGUCCAGUGGCACUUUUGCAGUGUGGGCAUCCAGGAUGAGAUCCUGACUCUUCACUUGACUGGACACUCAUUCUUAUACGGAAAAAGGCAUGAGGAUGUCCUGACUCUCUUCCCUAUGAGCGGAGAAUCUGUAACUGUCACAAUGGAUAAUGUCGGAACUUGGAUGCUGACUUCUAUAAGUUCCAACCACAGAAAUCAAAACCUCAGGCUGCGAUUCAGGGAUGUUAAAUGUAUAAGGGAUUAUGAGGAUGACUCCUACGAAAUUGUAUUUGAUGACAAUGUGGGAAAGGUUGUCACAGAGAAGAAUAAAGCCACCACCAGGAACAUGCCCGAUUCAACGGAAGGUGAAGGGGAAGAUGAUAGUGAUUACCAGGCUGAACUGGCUUUGCAGUUUGGUAUUAGAUCAUUUAGAAAUUCAUCGGGACCGCAGGAGGGAGAUGAGCUUCUCAAUCUGACUGCUUUAUUUAUGGAAGAAAUCUCUGAAAUGAUUCCCUUAAAUGUGAAUGCAUCAUUGGGUACCUCUCAGCCUUCCUCAAAAGACCCUGGUAGCAUUCCAAAACUUCAAGCCACCCUUCCUUACUCAGUAAUCACAACAACUGGGCCUCCCUUGGAGAACAUCACCACUACAGGAACACAUUCCAUUGCAUUACACUCUGUAGCCUCCAUUCUGAAGAAUCCCAGGCCCCAUUCUGAAGAACUUGUCAAGAAGGAUAUACAUUCAACUGCCAUGGGGACAACCUUGUCUUCUCUUGCCACAGAAGAACUCCAUAGCCAAGAAGAUGCCAAGAAGGAAGCCAGCCAGGCCAAUGAGGAGCCUUCCAAAUUUACCACUACUUCAGCUAACCAAACUGAGGCAGAAAGAAAUAUAUCAGUCCAGUCCAGUCAUAUACAGGUAGAACUACCAACAGGUAAUGUGAGGGUAAAUUUAAUUCUAGAACAGCCUGAUCUUCAGAGCAGUGACGUUCCCAACUCCAGAGCAGGAACACAAGAAGGUAUUCUAGAUGAUCUGGUAGUUGUUAACCAGAAGGACCCACCAAAGGUUUUGAAUGGGAAAUGGAAUUUGGUUUCUGAGAAAGUGAGCUAUGAAAUCAUCGAAGAUACAAAUGAAGAUAAGGUUGAAGAUAAGCUGUUGAAUAGCCCCCAGGAUGCUGCAACACCUUGGAGAGAAGGAAUUCAUUCUGCUAACUGGCACAAUCCCUUAAAAAUAGGAAAGAACAGAACAAAUGGUAGGUUCAGGAAAUCUUCAGGUUUGAUUAAGACCCGAAAAAGGAAAAGAGUCACCAAGUUUGCACACAAUGUGCUGAUGUCCCCCAGAGGUUUCAAGCCUCUCAAAGAAAGGUACAAUGCCACAUUGCCCAAUCAUUCACUCUUACCCAAUGAAUCCAGUGACAUGCCAUCCCCUAAGGACCUAGAACAAGUAUCCCCCACUUUAGACCUUGAUCAGAAUUUCCCCACUGUGGACCUGGAUGAGACAUUUCCCCCACCAGAGUUUAGUAAGAUAUCCUCUGAUCUGAAGUUCAGUGAAAUAUUCUCUACUCUAGACCCUGUUUCUACAACUCAUCCUCAAGAUUUCUAUCAGUCAUUUCCCCCUCCAGAUCUUCAUCAAACACCCUUGCCUCUAGAUCCUUAUGAGAUAUUCUCCCCUCUAGAUCUUAAUCAGAUUCCUUUUCCUUCCUCCCUCUAUGAGACAACUCCCCUUUCAGACGCCUAUGAAGCAUCCUUCUCUCCAGAUCUCUAUGAGACAACUCCUCCUUCAGAUCUCUAUGAAGCAUCUUUCUCUCCAGAUGUCUAUGAGACAACCCCAUCUUCAGACCCCUAUGAAGCAUCCUUCUCUCCAGAUCUCCAUGAGACAACUCCUCCUUCAGAUCUCUAUGAAGCAUCUUUCUCUCCAGAUGUCUAUGAGACAACCCCAUCUUCAGACCCCUAUGAAGCAUCCUUCUCUCCAGAUCUCUAUGAGACAACUCCUCCUUCAGAUCACUAUGAAGAAUCCUUCCCUCCAUAUGUCUAUGAAACAACUCCCUCUUCAGACCCCUAUGAAGCAUCCUUCUCUCCAGAUCUCUAUGAGACAACUCCUCCUUCAGAUCUCUAUGAAGCAUCUUUCUCUCCAGGUGUCUAUGAGACAACCCCAUCUUCAGACCCCUAUGAAGCAUCCUUCUCUCCAGAUCUCUAUGAGACAACUCCUCCUUCAGAUCUCUAUGAAGCAUCUUUCUCUCCAGAUGUCUAUGAGACAACCCCACUUCCAUAUGUCUAUGAAACAACUUCCCCUUCAGACCCCUAUGAAGCAUCCUUCUCUCCAGGUCUCUAUGAGACAACUCCCCCUUCAGACCCCUAUGAAGAAUCCUUCCCUCCCGAUCUCAAUUGGACUUCCUCUACUUUGGAUCUGAAUCAUGCCUAUUUCCUACCAGAGGCUGGUCAGAUAGUCCCUACUCCAGAGUUCAAUGAGAACUUCCCUCCAGAACUUAGUCAUGUAUCCUCCUCUCCUGUCUUUGAAUCAACAUCCCAAUCACUUCCACCCAGAAUCAAUGUUACAUUGAGACCGAGACAAUUUAAUCCAGCAGUUAUAGUGGGCCUUACCAAAGCUGAUGGGAAUUAUGUUGAGUAUAUUCCAGGGCAGGACAUCAAAGACAAUGAAGAUGAUGAUGAUUAUGUUGAAGACACCUAUGUACACUAUGAUGAUCCUUAUCAAACAGAUAGGAGGACAGAUACAAGCUCACUCCGAAACCCUGACAACAUUGCAGCAUGGUAUCUCCGAAGCCACAAGGGAAAUAGAAAAAAUUACUACAUUGCUGCUGAGGAAGUACUUUGGGAUUAUUCAAAAUUCUCAAAAAGCAUGAGGAAGGCUGAUGAUGCUGAUGAUAUCAUAGGGAACACAGUGUAUAAGAAAGUGAUUUUUCGGAAAUACCUGGACAGCGCCUUUACAGUGCCUGACCCUCAGGGAGAGAAUGAAGAGCACCUUGGCAUCCUUGGUCCUAUAAUCAGGGCUGAGGUAGAUGAUGUGAUCCAAGUUCGUUUUAAAAAUCUAGCCUCCAGGCCAUAUUCUCUUCAUGCUCAUGGGCUUUCCUAUGAAAAAUCAUCAGAAGGAAAGAGUUAUGAAGAUGAUUCCCCAGAAUGGUAUCAGGAUGACAAUGCCAUUCAGCCCAAUGGCAGUUAUACUUAUGUAUGGCAUGCGACAGAACGAUCAGGCCCAGAAAAUGCUGGGUCUGCCUGCCGAGCUUGGGCCUACUAUUCAGCUGUGAAUCCGGAAAAAGAUAUCCAUUCAGGCCUAAUAGGGCCCCUUCUGAUAUGCCGAAAAGGAACACUCCAUAAAGAAAGCAACAGGCCCAUAGACAUGCGAGAGUUUGCCCUACUUUUUAUGAUCUUUGAUGAAAAGAAGAGCUGGUAUUUUGAUAAAAAGCUCAAAAGGAUCUGGACGGGCUUAUCCUCAGAAGUGAAAAACACUCAUAGGUUUCAUGCCAUCAAUGGUCGCAUCUACAAUUUGCCAGGACUAAGGAUGUAUGCGAAGGAGAAUGUGAGAUGGCACUUGCUCAACAUGGGUGGUUCCCAGGACAUCCACGUGGUUCACUUUCAUGGACAGACAUUGCUGGAAAAUGGAACCCAACUGCACCGUUUUGGGGCUUGCCCCCUGCUUCCUGGUUCAUUUAAGACUUUUGAAAUGAAAGCUUCAAGACCUGGCUUAUGGCUCUUAGACACUGAGGUUGGAGAAAAUCAGAUAGCAGGAAUGCAAACACCGUUCCUUAUAAUAGAUCAAGAGUGCAAGAUGCCCAUGGGUGUAAGUACUGGCAUUAUAGCUGAUUCACAGAUAAGUGCAUCUGAGUAUUUGGGUUAUUGGUACCCUAAAUUAGCGAGGUUAAACAAUGGUGGAUCUUACAACGCUUGGAGUGUAGAACAACGAGCACGUUCUUCUUCGUCUGAACCUUGGAUCCAGGUGGACUUUGAAAGAGAAGUUGUUCUUACUGGGAUACAGACCCAGGGAGCCAAACACUACCUGACAUCCCACUAUACCACCCAGUUCUGUGUUUCCUAUAGCUCUGACAAAAGAAUGUGGCGGUACUUCAAAGGGAACAGCACUUCAAAACAGGAGUACUUUGAGGGUAAUUCAGAUGCCUCCACCAUCAAAGAAAAUCUCUUUGACCCACCCAUUGUGGCUAAAUACAUUCGGAUCUCCCCAACCCAUUCCUACAAGAGACCUACCCUCCGUCUGGAAUUGUUGGGCUGUGAGGUCCAAGGUUGCUCCACACCUCUGGGUAUGGAAAGCCAAAAGAUAGAAAAUAAUCAGAUUACAGCUUCAUCAAUGAAAAAAUCUUUGUUGGGAGGUUACUGGUCACCCUUCUAUGCCCGUCUCAAUGCUCAAGGUCGCGUGAAUGCCUGGCAAGCCAAGUCAAACAACAACAAGCAGUGGCUGCAGAUAGACCUGCUCAAAACCAAGAAAAUAACAGCGAUUGUAACCCAAGGGGCCAAGUCUUUCUCAAAUGAAAUGUACGUGAUGACUUAUGCUAUCUUCUACAGCGAUCAUGGCACAGAAUGGAAACCUUACAAGGACAAGUCGUCCAUGACGGAAAAGAUUUUUGUGGGAAAUGUUAAUCCCAAAGGACAGGUCAAGAAUUUUUUCAACCCUCCCAUCUUUUCCCGGUUCAUCCGUUUCAUCCCCAAGUCAUGGAAUCAAGGCAUUACUCUUCGAUUAGAACUGUUCGGCUGUGAUAUUUACUAGAACUGGGGUAGAUAUUAUGCAUUCAAAAGCAGAGCAAUACCCUUUGAGUCCUCAAAGAGUAGCUUGAGCACUGGUUGUUUUAUAGUUAUUUUAAAUGUCAAACUUCAAAAGAUUUUUCCAUUGUUGCUUUUUUCCCCUCUUAUCUAGUAGAAGCUGGGGUUUUGUACAUGAGGUUUUGUAGUUUAUUUUUUCCCACCACAAAAUAAGAAGAUAGUUCUGAUUGGUCAGCAUUGAUUACAUUAACAUGGAAAAAUGAUAUUGAGGUUAUUAGUACUCAGCUGAAUUAAAGCAUUGUUGAUUGCAAAUGGAAUCUUGAUUGUUACUCUAGAAUACCCGAAUUUGGGUAAUUUUUAGCCCAGAUGCCCUCAUUGGCAUAGGCUAUUAAUAAUUUUAAUGUGUUGUACUCAUGUUUCCAGGAAAAUGAUUUUCAGUCAUGAACUUGAAGCAUUUGGAAAGUUGGUCAGAGAUGAGAUGACCAGUUUCAGGGUUGGUGACUUUUAAAACCCUGUGAAGUCACCAGUAAAAAAUCUUUACUAUUUUGCAAUAAUAAACUAUGAUGUAAUAAGUUUCUUUUGUUAUGUUUCAUAAUAUAACCUUAUCAUGAUGAUUUUUAAAUAUCAACUUGAUGUUUCACAGCAUUAGCUGCUGAAGUGAGUAAUAAAGGAGGGGGGUCUUGGUGGUAA